GAGAGCGCAGCCUUCUUGCUCUUAUAACGCUAGAAGGUCGUUCAAAGUUGCAAGACAUGCUCUAACUCCAAGAACCUCUCUUACAUUUGCUUUUCUCGUUUCUCUUUUUUUUGCUCCCCUUGCUGGCAAGUAGUGAGCUUUGACGACACCGUACACAUAUCCCAUACCUUCAUCCCGGGGAACUGUUCUAGCUCAUUUUUAGUAUGGGGAACGACCUCUCAUCAGAUGUAGAUAUUGUUUCGAGUAAUCAACAAGACGCAAACGACUCUUCUCAUACUACUUUAAUCGCACUUGUUCUCCCGAUGAUCAUCCUCUUCUUCUUAACCAGCAUCACAGUGGCCUGCUUGUUUUUGAAGAAAACCGCAUACCUGAACCCCAUCUUGUCUCCCCGAAGGCGCCAAGAUCCUGGAAUCGCCUGGAGCUUUCAGAUUCCGAAACUACAUCCAAACUCGAAAUUGGGGGUUAGAGAAUUGGCUUGCUGCUCCGCGACUUUGGUCAUAAAAAAUCCUUGCGGUCCAGAAGGCCAUGAUGACAUAAAAGUUUCAGAUGAAACGCAGCUAGAACCUCCACACCGACUGGAUAUCGGACUUCCUCUUAGUCCAUGGGCAUCCAACUUUUGUUGCUCUUCCGCUCAUGUCUUGGGUCAAUCUCUAUCAGUGUCCAUGCCCACAACGCCCGUCCGUUCCAAUCGAGCCACAAUGUUGUUCCAUAAGGCUUCUGCCGUCCAGUCUCGCUUCCGGGAAAAGUGGCACCUACCUAAUCGUCUGAGGCCGAAACCUGAUAUGACAGAAAAUCAUAUUAUGCCACCCGAACCUGCUGCGUUGUCAGAUAAUCCCUACAACAAUCUUCGCGUCACCCGAGCAGGCUAAAAGAUUCUAGAUUUUUUUUAUUGAGUAUCAUUGAGUAUUUCAGGUCGCAUACCUUCAUUUCUGAAUUUCCCGACACUUAGUUUGGCGAAACUCCCUUUCUUACAGUAUCGCAGUCGUUCUUUCGUUCGUUCGUUAUUUCUUAAAGUUACACUGCAUUGCUUGAAUGUCAGAUAUGGACCAAUCCCUUUGCUCCUCAGCUUGUAAAUCUACCUUAUUAAAACUUUUCAUGAUUUUUAGAAUACAUCAGGAUGGACAGAUGAGUAAAACUCGUGGGAUACUUGGAGACUCU